ACAGAAAACUCGAGAGGCUGAUCAAUGAUCAAUACUGAUGGAUAUCGAUGGGUCCUCGGCUGCAUCUAUGUCGCCACGGGAACCGGAAAUAACUCUUUAAGGGGAAGCGGAAACAAUGAGCGCUCCGCGCGGGAACAGGCCGGAAGUGGAACCGCGGCUCAGACAGCCAACAGCAGAGGCGGUUCGGAACCGGCCCGGUCCAGCAUGAAGAUCUAUUUCUGCGGCAGCAUCCGGGGCGGCAGGUCGGACCAGCUGCUCUACCGGAGGAUCGUGAACGCGCUGAGCAGAUACGGGAGCGUGCUCACUGAACACGUGGCUUGCGCCGAGCUCAGCGACUCAGGAGAGAGAGGUCCAGCAGGGGGCGACAGAGCCAUCCAUGACCGAGACCUGGCCUGGCUGCAGCAGUCUGACGUGGUGGUUGCCGAGGUGACGCAGCCGUCCCUGGGCGUCGGCUACGAGUUGGGCCGGGCCUUGGACAUGGAGGACAAGAAGGUGCUGUGUUUGUUCCGGCCGUCGUCAGGACGAGCGCUGUCGGCCAUGAUCCGAGGGGCGGCGGAUGGGCGGCGCUUCCUGGUGGUGGACUACAGUGAGGAACAGCUGGAGGGGGUUCUGGACCGGUUCUUCAGGUCCAGACUCAACGCCAAGCAGCAGGUCACUGAGACCAAUUAGUCACCAUGGUGUCGUCCACAGGGGAAGGCGGGUUUGUUUGAACUUAUAAUAAUAGUAAUAAAAACCACUAAUGAGCCAUCAUCAUCAUCAGCAGCAGCAGCAGCAGCACAAAGGUCAGAGGUGACGGGGAGACAUAGUUUGUCUAGCAGAAAGGUCGUGAACCCUGAACUUGUCCAGAAUAUCUUUCUUCCUUAUUUUUGAUAUUUUAGUAUCUGAUGUUUGACUUAUAACUGAGGAGCAGCAACAGUUUAUUAAAUGUCUCUUUGUCCAAAACGUUAUUAAAAAUGAUCUUUCAUCAAA